AUGGACUACGUCCAAGACAUUCGCCGCUCUGGCACCCUCCCCUACCCGAAUCUCAUUCAGGGGUACGCAACGGCGAACCAACACCACUUCUUCCUUGAGCCUGAGGAACCCUCCAAGGAAGGUGGUGCUGGUAAGCAGUAUCAAACCGCCGUAGAAGCGUCUAUUGAGAGUUCAAUCAAGCGCCGCUUUGAAAGUUUCGGUUCAACUACUCAUAUUUACCGAAAAGAGAGGGCCGGGAGAGGAUCCCACUUCAUUAUGUUCUAUCGUCGCGACCGCGGUACUAUUGAUCAUGGACUUGCUCGAUCUAACGAGGAUAUUUACGAAUGUGCUAAGAUGAACAUCUUACGCCACCCGCUGCGUGAUGACUUCAACAAUCCGGACUACGCUACCGAGCAACGGGCCCCUACCAAUAAUCUAGUCAAGGCUCUGCUUCGCCUGAACAAUUACCCGGCAAUCCCGGGCACGGUCAUGAGUUCACCACUGUUGCCGCGAUAUGGCCCUAUCUCUUCAACACCCGAGGACGAUCCUAAGCCAGGGCAGUUUUCUAAGCCUAAGCAUAUACAACCUGCAGCUCUUACCAGUGUAUUUGAGAUACCGGAGCUUUGCAUGGCGAUUAUGCUAGAGAUUGGCCAUCGUUGGGGGGACUUGUCUAACCUCAGCCGCACAUGUCAAACUAUCAUGUUUGCACUCGACGCCAUCUCAACACGUGUAGAUGUUCUUAGCGGCAACUUCCUGAACCUAGAAUUCACCGACGAUGAGAUCGAUAAAGUCAACGCUAAUUUAACCCCUGAACAGGAAGAGUUGGGUAAAUUUGUAAAGCCCUCCUCACCGCAAUUCCUAGUCCUCUCGAAUGUUAGACCAUGCUACAAGACCCCUGAGGAGGGUGAGGAUGAACCAAACAGCUUUGGGUUUCCUGCUCGUCCAAAGGGAAAGAUCUCUAAGCCGAGAGCAGCGAGGCGAGUAAUUGAUACUUACCGACUCAUACGAACAAUCGAUAUCCGUGGUCAUCACAUCAAAAUCCUCCAUCUACACUCCGUUCCGAAUUUCGACAUUCCCCUUCUCAAGAAAUGUCUUGAGCGGAUGCCGAACUUAGAAAUACUCGGAGUUUACAAUUGUGUACUUCUGCAUUUCGGCGAGAUUAUCCCGUUCCUGAAAGCCAUAAUCGCGCACAACAAGAAGCCCGGGAGCAAAUUCGUUCGUUCUGAUUUCUCACCUGUCUAUUACCCCGGACUUCCCGUGGGGUCGGAAGGGCGAACUGGAGAAUACGGGGUUAUACCGUCGGACCAAGGAUUGAUCGAUACUCGCAGAGCCAUUGUGGCAGUACUGCGUAAGGUUGUCUCUCUCGCCCUGAAGAAUAACAUAGACUGGUUCACACCUGGCACUGCUAUGCGACAGUAUCUAGAACGAAUCCCCUUCGCCCUCGGCUCACUUCGAUAUAUCCUCGAGGCAUGUUACAACAUCUAUUACCAUGAGAAUGGUCUAUACUACCCUUAUUAUAAAGAAAUGCUAGCACUGAAUCUCCCAAUCGAUAAUAAUGAGCCCCGACACGAAGCAAUGCGUUGCACCGUUUAUAAUGAUCUCAUACUGGCGGUUGAGGGAAAACCCAUGCAACGGGACCGCUUGGUGGCCUUGAUCACGAGCGAAGGCUUUUCCAAGCUUAUAGUAUGUGCAUUCUGCGCAACCCCCCUACCCGCGUAUUUCUAUACGCAGGAAUCGAUAAACCGCCACCCGUCCCAAGUUCAAUGCUGCGGCUGUCAACUCGGCACUCAACUAGAGCACCAUGUCGAUAACUUCUUCCAGGAGAGGAAGGGAGUUAUGCAUUUACUGUUCGACGACGAACAGAUCACGGAUAUUAGCAGUUUCCUCAAUGCCAAGAGGACCGCCACGCCCGAGGAACUUUGCAAUCCGAAGUGGGAAUUCUGGGCCAUAGCCGUCAAAUCAAAAGCCCAAGUCCGAGAAGCACGGCCCGGCGACGACGAGGCUUUUAUCCUGGACUGGCGACCCGGCCCCAGCCACGACGAAGAGGCGAAGCAGAUCUGGGUGUGGAAAGAGCGCGUCUUGAAAGCGAUGCGAUACGCAAAGCGCAACAUAGAUGAGGGACUGAGACAAUCCACCGAGACCAUCGCCGAGUGCAGGAAGAAUAUCGGGAUUCUGGAUAAUUUAUACUACAACGGCCACCUCCAGAAUGCUCAAGAGAUUAGACAAAACCGCGACACGGUGGACAAUAUCCAGCGCUACAUCGUGCAGGAACGCGCCCGGUGCGGCUUGGCGCAGAUGACGGGAAGAUACGGGACCACACUGGCUGCUAACUGGGACGACGAGAUCAAGAAGUACCGAGAGACUGUCCAGAUCGAAGCUGGACUGAUCAAGAACCUUGGUCCUCGCCACGUGUGGGAGACUCGGGGCGGCAUCUUCUAA